AAGUUAGUUGUGACCCGGAGAAGCGGGAGCAUCCACCGCCACGGCAGCGCACGUCACGUGACCACCUUGUCUGCUGCUGGCUGAGUGAAGCGUGUUAGCAGAUUUUUCUAUUUUGUACAUACAGAGUUUUGUAUAUACUGUAUAUGAUGAGCUCGCUGGGCGGCGACAAGGCCCGGGGCCCUCGGGAAAAAGCGCUGCCUGCUGCCACUCAAGCGUCACAACCACAGAAACAGAUACAGGCUACUGCCGAGCAGAUCCGGCUCGCCCAGGUGAUCUAUGACAAGAAUGAUGCUGACUUUGAGGACAAAGUUAACCAGCUGAUGGAAGUGACUGGGAAGAACCAGGACGAGUGCAUGGUAGCACUCCACGACUGCAACGAGGAUGUUAGCAGAGCCAUCAACUUUCUCCUAGAGAGCACCUCGGACAUGACCUCAUGGGAGACGGUGGGGAAGAAGAAGCCCCUGGUGAAGGAGGGUCCAUCAGACAGCAAGGAGAACAAGGAAAACCGGGAGAAGAAAGGAGAGAGGGAGGCUAGCAAGGGCCGCGCGGCAGCCAACCGCAAGGGCCGGGGGACCAGUCGCAGUCGACCGGCACCACGUCCGGAGGAGAACGGAGUGGAGGUGCCACCAGUGGACAGAGGUGCAGAUCGAGGUCGGAGGGCCAGAGGUGGUGGCCGAGGAUCUGGAGGGCGAGGCAGAGGCAGAGGACCACCAGGGAGCCGGUUCUCAGCCCAGGGCAUGGGCACCUUCAAUCCAGCGGACUAUACCUCGGAGGCUCGGUCAGGGAACACACAAACGGAGGUGUGGGACACGGCGGCCAACAACAGCACAGAGGGGACAGUGACCUGGAGGGGUCCCUUGGAAGACUGGGCAUCCGAGGACUGGAGCGAGGAUGUUGGCCUCUCAGAGACCAAAGUGUUCACCUCCUCAUGUGCACCUGCUGCUGAGAAUCACAUCACACCUGGGCAAAGUCUGGACCUCGCCUCUCUGCUGCAGAAGCCGGGAGUCGGAGGAAGAGAGCCACCGUCGUCCUCUUCCUCUCAGAGUCUGGUCUUCACUAACUCCCACCACCACCACCAGUCACCGCAACAGCACCCGCCCCCCAGUCGCAACACCACCGGUAGCACUAGCUAUGCUCAUGCUGCUCUGUCGUCGGUUCUGGGAACUGGUUUUGGGGAUCUGGGGCAGGCCAAAAGGGCUCCGCCUAGCGCUGGAGCUCAGAUACUGGAACAGCUGAAGGGCCCUGGCUUGGGUCCGCUACCUUCAUCCCAGGCUGCGCCUCCUGCCAGCACCCAGGGAAGCAACACCUCCAUUUGCCGACUGCCAGGCCUGGGAGCACCUGUACCUCCACCCUCCUCCUCUAGCUGGGACAUCAAGGCUUCGGAAUCCAACACCACCUCGCUGUCCUCGCAGUUCAGCCGUGAGUUUGGCCUGCAGCCAGAGCCUUCUCUGGUGCUGAGUCAGCUGGUUCAGAGGCACACCGGCCCCUCCUUGCCUCUGGCACGUCAACCCAGUCCUCCAUCGCAACAACAAGCGCACCCUGCUUCAGCCUCGCCCGCUCCCCACCACGCCAGCACGCCAGCACAGGCGGGCCCGAUGAUGGCUGCUGGUGCUAAACCUCCUGCCCCUGGUGCAGGGCUGGACCCUCAGGGUGGCAGUACACCACAGCAGCAACGGGCACAGCUCAAAGGCCAGAAACGAAGGAUACCUCCCACAUCGAAGGUUAGGGGAUUGAUGAAGAGAACAUUACGAUGCACAU